AUGCAUAUGGAUGGAGUGGUGAUGAGAAAGUUAUGGGUCGUCUUGUUUAUUUUGACGGCGAUUGUUGGUUCGGAAGCUGGCGGCGGUAAGUUGGAAAAUGGCACGGCGAAUAGUACUCAUAACGAGCAAGGCAAUACUGGUUCUUCUUUUUUAGCUGUUGCUGAAAUUCCUUCAGCAGGAAUUGGAGAAGUGAGGAACAAGACUACUUCCUACACCACUGAAGUUGAUAUCAAUAACAAAAAGAAGCAGCCUAAUUGGAUGUCUAGAGGAAGAGGAGGAGGAGGAGGCUAUGCAUGGGGUUGGGGUGGUGGCGGAGGAGGAGGUGGAGGUGGAAAAGGAGGAGGAGCUGGUGGAGGCGGUGGUGGGUGGUGA